UAUUCCCUCACAAAAGUCACUCCCCAUCAUCCAUCUUUAGCUUUACCAGCACACUCUAGUGUGUGUAGUUGUCUUGCUUUACUUCACAAACACUUUGCUCAAAUGGAAAUCAUCCUAUACCGGGCGGUAACAACGGUGGUGCUGGUGGUUCUCUACAGCCGCAUCGUGGCUGCAACAUGGUGCGUAGUCAGGAGCGAAGCCUCAAGAGAGGCGUUACAGGCGGCUCUUGACUAUGCAUGCGGCGCAGGAGCUGAUUGCGCGCCAAUACAGCCGUCUGGAUUGUGUUUUCUUCCUAACACAAUUCAAGCACACGCCUCAUAUGCCUUUAAUAGCUAUUACAUGCGCCGAUCCAUGGCUCCCGGAUCAUGUGACUUUGCUGGCACUGCCACCAUUGCCAAAACCGAUCCAAGUUAUGGAUCAUGCAACUAUCCGGCUUCACCGAGCGUGGCGGGAGGUAUUAUUAUUCCUCCUGGAGGAGGAGGCGCAGCCACAACAAUCGUCACUCCAACUACAUACAUCACACCACCACCACCACCAUCCACCUCUACACCGUUAUUUGCGGGUGCUGGGGGCCUAAAUCCGUUUGGCAUGGUACCUACCUUAGCCACACCAUCAAAUGCUAGAGCUUUGUUUGACUUCUCCAUUUUGAAAAUUCAGUUUCCAAACCUAAUUUUCUUAGUGUUAACCUUGUGGAUGUUUUUGUAGCAUAUUUUGUUCUGCAAAUUAGGUAUUUAGGACAAUUUUGUUGUAAGUUAUGCAAUUGUAUUUUCUGUCUCAUGUUUUUAUAAUACUAUUUAUUAUCUUAUUGACCAGUUUCAUCAUUUUGCAA